UGAGUUGCAAGUGGGAUGGUUAGAUGUUCAGUAGGCUUCUCUGCUUUGCUGUCUGAUGAAUCAAGUCUGAAAAUAUGACAUCUGGAACUACUUGCCUUGAGAGAUUUUUUGGAAAAUGGUACGACUUUCUACCACAACAACAGACACGUUUGGAGAUCUAAAGCGGACACGGAAUCGACGCGACCAUGUAACUAUAUAUUAACUCUUACUGCAUAACUCAGCAUAAGAGCGACGGCAGCAGCCACUGAGGAACCAUAACCAUGCAGGGAUACACAUGGAGUUCAAAUCAACAUCCUUCAACGAGGUACCAAGAUCGUCCUCCACAUCAAUACCAAGAACGACUUCCUCCUCAGUACCAAAAAUGGCAUCCAACUCAGAACCAAGAACAAUUCUCAUCUAUGUGCUACGCUGUCAAGAAUGAUCAACCCAAUGCGUUGCAGGACCAGCUCAUUCCCCAGCUUCAUGACACAUUACAGAGAAAAUUUUCCAAUGGACAAAAUCAGUGGAGAACUUGCUCAGGCAGUAUGGACCAACCAAAAUCAGAUGGAUAUAAUUGGUUUAAUCAGACAAACCAGAUCCGUCCCCAAUACCCGUUUCCAACCUCCAACACACAGCAGCACUGGCAAUGGCAUGAUUCAUCCCCACAGAACUACAGAAACACAGGCUGUAGUCAAGCUCAAAUGUACCAUUGCAGCUCUGUGGGUAAAAAAAGGGGUUGGGGUUCACACAUUUAUAACAAUGACAGCUUUUGUUCCAUGAACAAUCAGCAACAACUUCAGCCUCAUAGAAUGGUUCCUCGUCAUCAUCGACAACAACAAAAUCAACAAUGGUUUUCUAGAAAAUAUGAAGGCAAAAAACGAAGACGCCACAGAAACUACUCUUAUCUGGCUUAUAGCAGUGGAGUCUCCCAGAAAGUUUGUAACGAUCAAGCUCAGAGCAGGACUGAGGCCAAUAAUACUUCACGCAACUCUACGACACCACCUUCUGGAGCACAGAGCAAUGUUUCAUUACCUUCCAAUAACAUAAACCAAAGUCCUGUUAACCAGAACCAGCCAGAAAUGGAGUCAAAUGCUGGUCCAAAUGUAUCUGCGACCCAGUCUCAGAAUAAUCAAAAUGCUGGACUUCAGUCUCUGGGCACAAGCAAUGAGACAGAUAACACUAAUCAGACUUCUCAAAUGACACAGACCAAUGAAGCCCAGCUUCAGCCCCAAUCUACAACUGUAGAUGAUGCUGACUCAAUAAUAGAUGAAUUAAUGUGUUCAAAUGACAAUGAACAAGCAAAUAAUCAGCAAUCAAAUGAAAGAACUGCUCACCAGGACACUUGUCCAGAGCAGUCUGAGGUUUGUGCAACCAAAAGAAGUGACAAUCACUCAAAGGAACCUUUUUCUAAACCAAGAGAACAGUGUACAGAUGAACCACACAGUAAAAGAAUAAAGUAUGUUAUGUUUCAAAGAGACUGUCCGAACAAAGAAACAAUAGUGUCCAAAGACAUAUGGAAUUGUGGGGUGCAGUCUGCCCAACAGGGUACCCAUCAGACAAGUAGCAAUGAGAACAGACUUAAAGGAAUGAGCCAACACAUCAUAGAGUACAGCACAAACCCAGCAGACUGUCUUGAAGUGGUCUUUGCACUACAGAAAGCUGCUCAGCAAACUCACAAGGCCAUUGCCAUUGUUCCACCCAUUUCCCACCAGAUCUCAAAAGCUGCACCAAUGGAUGAUACCAGCCUCAAAAAAGCUGAAAGUCCACUGUUAAAGACUGAUUCCGUUUGGUCACUUUUUGAAGAAUCUAACCAAGAAAAAACUGUAAGUGACAAGCUGUCACAAAUGGCUCAACAGGACAACAAAAGCCUUGAAAAUGCGACUGCAGGCAACAUGGCAGAUCUUGAUACAAGCUCUGCUAGCCCAGUUGAAUGUCAAAAUGAUGUGCAGCAAAGUGACUGUGAUUCAGAUGAUCCUUCAUUGGAGUUGUCCAGUGUGCCAGUGAUUGAGUACACACUGGAGAAGCUGAUGGAGUUAGUGAAGUCUAUAGAGAUGACGGAGUUAUCAGCCGGAAAUCCUGAGAAAUCUCAGAGCAUUUUGCAGUGGAUAUUGCAACUCUACUGGAAUGGGAAAGCAUCCAAUAUGUUGGAGCCUUUUAAAUCAUUUAGAGAGGCACUGCAGUUAUCUAUAGAAUAUGCAAAGGAUUAUGGGUCUGUGGUAUUUAAAAGCAUCGAAACUGAAAACCUGAAGAAGCUAGCUCAUUGCGACAUACUCAAACAUGAGACGUAUUCAUGGUCAGAGGAGUUCAGAUCUUCUUGGUUAAAUGUUGAUGGACAGCCAGCUGAUAUUGAAAAGGUGCUAUCAGAACCACUGUUGGAUGACAUAACUGUGUUUAAGGCAACUUCACAGUCAUUUUCAGAUAACACUGUUGUCGCUUCAGCCAGUUUAGGUGCAAAUUUCCUCACAGACAUAACUGAGGAGAAAAGUGUAAAUCCAGACACUUGCAGUCCAACAGAUCUUUUCAUACAAAGGGCAGGAAAUGAAAGGGGGGAAGAGGCUGCCGAAAACAAUGGGCAUUCAUAUAUAGUGCUCAGAGAAGAAGGUGAGAAAGAGACAUUCAAGAAGCUAGAGGACAUCAGUCAAAACCAAACUUUUACCAUAGAACCUUUGGACAUCACACCUUUAACUGAAAGGUCUACAGAGAAACUUACAGACCACAGCAAUGCAAAAGAAGUAUUCAGACAAGAUCACAAGCAAACACAUGAUAAUGUUUCAGAUUCACUUUCUCUGAGUCCUGGAGACUCUGUGGUGUCUUUCUCUACUGAGACUCAUUAUAGCUCCAUGGAUACAUGGCAGGUAGAAGAUAUUUCUGAUGAUGAAAAUACAGGCAGUAAAGAGGCUCUGAUUAGCUCCUCAGACACCUUGCUUGCAGACAAUAUUUCUGAUGAUGAAAAUACAGGCAGUAAAGAGGCUCUGGAUAGCUCCUCAGACACCUUGCUUGUAGAAGAUAUUUCUGAUGAUGGAAAUACAGGCAGUAAAGAGGCUCUGGAUAGCUCCUCAGACACCUUGCUUGUAGAAGAUAUUUCUGAUGAUGGAAAUACAGGCAAAAAGGAAGCUCUUAAUAACACCUCAUACACAUGGCUUGUAGAAGAUAUUUCUGAUGAUGAAAAUACAGGUUAUAAAGAGGCUCUGAAUAACUCUUCAGGCACCUGGCUGGUAAAGGAUAUUUCUGAUGAUGAAAAUUCUGGAAAUAAGGACGAUCUUAUUAAUUCCUCAAACAACUGGAAAAAGGAAAACAUGUCUAAUGAGAAUCCAGGCAAUAUGGGCACUCCUAGUAACUCCGCAGACAUAUGUGCAGUGAAAAAUGAAUCUCCUGAUGAAAAUUCAAGUGAUGAAUCCUUGUUUAUGGGAAUCACGGUGCUAUCAUCUGAAGAUGCUAAAAUAUUUUUCCAAGAGCUUGAAAAAGAACCUGAAUGUACCAUCAAAACCAAAUCCCAGUCCAACUUUAAGUGCCCAGAUCUUAUAGCGUGCUUUGAUGCACCCAUUCAACUUAACCAGGAGUGCAACAAAGCACACACUUGCUCUCGCUGUGGUUCCCACAUUGUGAAAUCCAGUUCCACUAAUGUGACAAAGGCGGACAGUGAUGCUGAUCUUUUCUGCCUCCAGUGUGGGGAACAUGCACUGUUGUUUGAGCUAGAAGAGGAGCCAUGCUCUCCUAUGACAGAUAAGGUUAAUCUUCUGGGCUCUGCUGCUAAAUCAAAUGAACUUGGUCAAAAUUACAGUCUGCCAUGUGUUAAGUUGGAAGUCAAUGAGCCAGAUGUGGCUUCAACAAAGGAAUGCAUUGCAUAUGAAGGACUGAAAGGACAAAAAAAUGAUUGUCAUGUAAAAUCAGACCCGUGGGGAAAUUAUAGUCCACCAGCUAUUAAAAUAGAAGUCAAGGAGCUAACUCCCCCAAAGGAUGAAUGCAUUGCAGUCGAAGUACUGGCAGAACAAAAGAGUGUAAAAUCAGAACAGGGACACAAUUGUAAAUCACCAUCUCUUGAACUGAAAAUCAAGAAGCCAAAUGUUUCUCCACUGGAGACAUGCAUUUUAAAGGGAGGACUGACGAGACAAAAAAAAGUCAGUAUGGUAAAAUCAGAACUGGUAGAAAACCGUAGUCCACCAUCUCUUGAACUAGAAAUCAAGGCAACAACAGUUGCUUCAACAACAGAAUGCAUUGCAGAUGAAGGACAAAAAAGUGACAGUAUAAUACAAUCAGAACUGAGACAAAAUUGUAGUCUGCCAUCUCUUGAACAAGAAGUCAAGAUGCCAAAAGUUUCUUCUCUGGAGAAAUGCAUUGCAGAUGAAGGACUGAAAGGACCAAAAAAAGACACUAGGGCAAAAUCAAAAAUGGGACAAAAUCAUUGUUCACCAUCUCUUGAAGUGAAAGUCAAGAAGUCAAAUUUUGCUUUCCAAAAGACAUGCAUUGCAGAUGAAGUAUUGGUAAAAUCAGUGACUGAGACAAUGUCUAAAAAUCAGGGGUCAGCUGAACGAGAGCUAACCAAGAUUCAACCAAAAAAGCAGAAAAAGGAAAAAACUGAGAAAAUUAGAAUACCCAAGCCCAAAUCUUUCACCCAGUGCAGCCAACCACUUCCGAUGAAAACUACAUUUUCCAUGCAUAAGCUAAAAUCUGAUAGCACUCGUACUGGUUCUGAUAAUUUUGUGCUUUUCGCUCCAGAUAUUAUAGUUAAAAAGAACUGGCAACAAAAGAAAACUCAACCUGGUGUAUCUGCAAACAAACACCGUAGUGGUCAGAGUCAGAACUGUAGUAAAGUGAAAAAAUUAAAAGAACACCGACAAGAAAAACGAGAUAAUCCUUACAGAACCUCAACAAACCAAAGAGAAAACCUCCAGACGCAGAAAGUGUCUGGUCACUCAAGUGACGCAUCACCCCACGGAUCAGAAAAGAAGCUGGUGCUGCAUGGUAUUCUGGUAGUGAAUAAACAGAAAAGAACUGAACCAAAAAAAGUGAGAUUUGAUUUAUAUGGGUCCAAAUCAGAAAAACAGUACCACACCCCAAAGCAGCAUUUUUCAGCCCCUGCUCCCUUAACAGUCUCUGAUUGCAAAGACUAUGCAGAUGAGCUUUGUGCUAAACAAAAAGUUCACAAUCAAUGGAGUAGCACCUUUAUACCUAAAACAAAGACUUGUCCUCCCAGCCCCAGGUCAACACAGGAGAGUGGACCACCGAAGAAAAAAACACUGAAACCUCAGGACCUCUUAAAGUCAAAUAUGAGUGCAUUGAGAAACCAUUUGACUCACAGAGCCGAGCUAUUGUACAAUAGUGAAAGAGAGACAAGUCAUUUAGCAGCUAAGUAGCUUAUGAAAACCCUAAGCAGCUAACCUGUGUCUUAGUUUUUUAAUUAUUGCUUAAAUUUACUUGUAUGUUUACACAUAAUAACUCUAGCUGAAAUGUGUGGCAGCUUUCUGUUGAUGACCAUGUUGAAUGUUUAUUUUUUUAUUGUUACUGAGAGCUAAAUGGAAAGUUUAUUUUUUUAAGGAAAUUAUUGUUUGUAAUAUUCUUCACAGUAUGUGACUGUAUGUCUUUGAUUGCAGUCAUUUUGCAAUGUUAUUUUGUAAGAAUAGUUUUUUACUAUUUGAAGUACUUUUGAAUGCUGUUGCAUUAUGUAAAAUAUAAAUAUAUAUUUGUAUUUUGAAAUACAUGACUGGAAAGUUUACUGGAAAGGCCUCUGUGUCACUUAAUACAUUCUAAAUUA